CCCACCUGCGCGCGUCGCGUUCGGAAGCGCCGUUGUAGCGAGGCGAGCUUGAGCGGGCGCAUGCGCAGUGCGGUGAGCGGGCUUGUCGGGCUGAGACUCCUGACAGGGCAGUCAGCAACUCUUCAUCUCUUGCCAUGGGGUGUCUGUUCUCUCUCGGUGGUAAUGUGUCUUCCAGGCAGAGAAGAGAGAAUGAUGAGGACUUACUAGAUAGCAGAGAUCGUGAGGAAGACAUUGCCAAGUUUCCAUAUGUUGAGUUCACAGGUCGGGACAGCAUCACCUGCCCAACUUGCCAAGGCACUGGCUGUAUUCCCACAGAGCAGGUGAAUGAGUUGGUGGCGCUAAUACCAUACAGUGACCAGAGGCUUCGUCCCCAGAGAACGAAGCUCUAUGUGCUGCUGUCUGUGCUGCUCUGCCUUCUGAUAUCAGGGCUGGUGAUUUUCUUCCUGUUUCCACACUCGGUCCUUGUGGAUGAUGAGGGCAUCAAAGGGGUUCAAGUUUGGUUCGACCAGAAAAACUCCAUUGUCAUUCUUGCAAUCACGACCACCCUGAGGAUCAGAAACUCCAAUUUCUAUUCAGUUGCAGUAACCAGCCUAGCCAGCCAGGUGCAGUACAUGAACACUGUGGUUGGAACCCAACAGAUUACCAAUGUGUCCCGCAUCCAGCCGCUGAGCGACAAACUGGUGAAUUUCACUGUGAAAUCAGAGAUGGGUGGACCUUUCUCCUAUGUGUAUUUCUUUUGCACGUUACCCAAGGUCACGGUGCAUAACAUAGUGAUCUUCAUGAGAACAUCAGUUAAAAUCUCAUACAUCGGCCAUGUGACUCAGAGCUCCUUGGAAACAUAUCACUAUGUAGAUUGUGGCGCUAAUUCCACAGCUGUCCAGGACCCUCGGCCUGUGUCCACCCCACCUACUCUAGAUAGUGUAACCAAAGAGAGGAGGAUACUCUGAAGACAACUGAGUCAACUAAUAUUUCUCUUCGGGAAGUGAUCAUGCAGACUGACUUUUAUUAUGAAUUAUGUAUCUGUAAGCAAGAUCACAAGGUAACUUUUAAAUGGAAUUAGAGGGAUCGUUGAUGUCCGUGGAGAAACUUGGAGUGAACAGGAGGUAUCUGAAAUCAUGUGGCACUUCAUGUUAAUGCAUAUGCAUCUUGGCUGCACUGCUUACCUUUUGGGCAGUGAUUUGAGAACGUUUCCACUUGUGGUCCAGUCUGAUCCUUCCCAAAACAUGCCAAGUCCCACCCACUUAUAACUUGACAUCAAUCUGGUAUUUAGCUGUUGCAAUGAAUUUCUUAGAAUUGAACCCAGAAGAAAUCAAGGAACUGUUUUAAAUAUAUCUUUCAAUGGAAAGACUUAAUGAAAUUCAAAGAAGGUCUCAGAUUCUGUCAUUGCCUUGGGAUAAAUGCUGGGGAUUGAAUUUUACUGCUGUUUGGUGGGCUCUGCUCUAUUUAUUUUUUUUUGUCCUUUCGGGACAAACAUGCUAUUUCAGUGAAACUCUUUUUGCCCCUCAUUCUGCUCAGUGACAGCAUACCAUUAAAAUGUUACAGCAUUUUGUUA